CGCUUAGGUUUAUUUUUUAUGCAUUUUCAUAUCCACAGUUGUAUUAGCAUAUUGUUAAAUUCGUUGUUGCUAGUUCUUAUUAUUUAAACUCAUGACAGAACUAUCUCUUAUGGAGGAAGCUUUCGCUCUUCUGCAAAAAGAUGGCAAAAUACCGAGAAUAUCAAUCCCCACAGCUUUACGUGCGGCUGGGUUAAAUCCAAGUGAAGAAAAAAUUAAGCAAAUUAUGUGUACGGCUUCAGACCUCGAUAUGCCCGCUUAUAAGAAAUUGGUGUCAGAACACGAUGACAAAACUGAUACACCGGAAGCGGUAAAGGAAGCCUUCCGCGUAUUUGACAAGAAUUCAGAUGGUACCAUCUCUGUUGGUGAGUUUCGACACAUUAUGACAAGUAUGGGAGAAAAGUAUCGCGAGGAAGAGUUCCAUGACCUUAUUCAAGGGUUUGAAGAGGAUGGUAUAAUUCAUUAUGAGAGACUAGUCGAAAGAAUGCUCGCACCCUUUACCGAUCAUGUCACUCAAACGUUUGAUUGA